GUUCCAAGAUGGCGGCAGGGGUGGCCGGGUGGGGGGUUGAAGCAGAGGAGUUCGAGGAUGCGCCUGAUGUGGAGCCGCUGGAACCCACGCUUAGCAACAUCAUCGAGCAGCGUAGCCUUAAAUGGAUCUUUGUCGGGGGCAAAGGUGGCGUUGGCAAGACCACCUGUAGCUGCAGCCUAGCAGUCCAGCUAUCCAAGGGGCGGGAGAGUGUUCUUAUCAUUUCUACAGACCCAGCCCACAACAUCUCCGAUGCAUUUGACCAGAAGUUCUCCAAGGUGCCCACCAAGGUGAAAGGCUAUGACAACCUCUUUGCCAUGGAGAUUGAUCCCAGCCUUGGAGUGGCAGAGCUGCCUGACGAGUUCUUCGAGGAGGACAACAUGUUAAGCAUGGGCAAGAAGAUGAUGCAGGAGGCCAUGAGUGCCUUCCCAGGCAUCGACGAGGCCAUGAGCUAUGCAGAAGUCAUGAGGCUGGUGAAGGGCAUGAACUUCUCAGUGGUGGUGUUUGACACGGCGCCCACAGGCCACACGCUGAGGCUGCUCAACUUCCCCACCAUCGUGGAGCGGGGCCUAGGCCGCCUCAUGCAGAUCAAGAACCAGAUCAGCCCCUUCAUCUCACAGAUGUGCAAUAUGCUGGGCCUAGGGGAUAUGAAUGCAGACCAGCUGGCCUCCAAGCUGGAAGAGACGCUGCCUGUCAUCCGCUCUGUCAGUGAGCAGUUCAAGGAUCCUGAGCAGACAACUUUCAUCUGUGUGUGCAUCGCUGAGUUCCUGUCCCUAUACGAGACGGAGCGGUUGAUCCAGGAGCUGGCCAAAUGCAAGAUCGACACACACAACAUCAUUGUCAACCAGCUCGUCUUCCCGGACCCUGAGAAGCCCUGCAAGAUGUGUGAGGCCCGCCAUAAGAUCCAGGCCAAGUACCUGGACCAGAUGGAGGACCUGUAUGAAGACUUCCACAUUGUGAAGCUGCCUCUGCUGCCCCAUGAGGUGCGGGGGGCAGACAAGGUCAACACCUUCUCCGCCCUCCUCCUGGAGCCCUACAAGCCACCCAGCGCCCAGUAGCACCGCUGCCAGCCCCAGCUGCUACCAUUUCCACCCACCCUCUACCCCACUGGGGCAGAGUUUACACAAAGUCUCCCCAUAGUACAGGGGGAGCCACUUGGGAGGUGGGAGGCGGGGAGGGGGUCUGUUCCCCCUGGUGGGGUUGGGGAGGCUAUAGCUGCCUCUCACCUCUCCCCGCCUCUUGCUCCUCAAUAAAAUGAUCAUAAAC